AUGUCCAGAAAUGUGGCGCAAACCCACGGAGUUGUCGCGGGUUUAAAUGCUCCUUCAGUGAGGUUCUGGUCCGUUUUCUGCAUGCAGGGAAUGACGACUCCUUUCAAGCCAAACAAAGCUUUAAAGGUGAAGAGGGAGACGGGCGAGAAUGCCCCGGCGCUCAGUGACGAUGAGUUGGUGGCCAUGUCUGUGCGGGAGCUCAACCAGCACCUGCGUGGGCUGACCAAGGAAGACGUCGUACGGUUGAAGCAGAGGAGGCGGACCCUCAAAAACCGAGGCUACGCCGCUAGCUGUCGCAUCAAGCGCGUCACCCAGAAGGAGGAGCUGGAAAGACAAAAGAUGGAGUUGCAGCAUGAGGUGGAGAAGCUGGCUCGGGAGAACGCCAGCAUGAGGUUGGAGCUGGACGCCCUGCGAGCCAAGUACGAAGCCCUGCAGUGUUUUGCCAGAACUGUGACCCGAGGGCCGGUGUCACCGGGGAAGGUGGUCACCACCAGCGUCAUCACCAUUGUCAAGUCCACCAACCACAACAGCACCAGCCCAACCUCGUUCUCUGCUCCCUCCUAGUGCCUGACAGGACCGGGCUCCUCUGUGUCCCCCCCUGCUCCUCCUUGGUUCUGACCCGCCUGCUCCUGUACUGAGAGGAUGCUCGGGAGUUUGUUAGACUGAGGGAUGGGCUGUGUUGGCAAAGCUCUCUGUGAUUAUGCUGCAUUCAUGGUCCUUCUGUCUCUAACACAAUCUACACUGUUCACCCCCCUGUCCCUGACGACCCCCCACCCUCAGCACCGGCAGGUUCAGGCCUCUCUGA